GGUGUCCGAGUACUCCUUUUCGCUUUUCCUUCGACGCUCCUCUCUCUCUCUCUCUCUCUCUCUCGUCUAGGGUUCGAGCGCUCGGAAGCCGAUCCCCGCAUCGCCCUUUUCUUCGCCUUCUUCGUCGUCUUCGUCUUCGUCUCCGUCUUCGUCUUCGAUCUCUGCGAAACCCUAAUCCCCGUCGAUCCGAUCCGCUCCGCUCUUCUUCCCCCGCCCGAUCCCCUCCGGCCCCCCUCCCGCAAUCCGCCGCGAGCUCGGCUCCGAUUCAUGAAGCCGCGGAGCCGGAGGAAGGAGGAGUCGCGAAGCUAGGCUUUCUGCGCGGAAUCCGACCUCCCGAGGGUUGUUCUUGGGCGGUCGCUGCGGCGGCGAUCUAGGGUUUCGGGUUUGUGGAAUCGCCGGGCCGAAAAGAUUUGGUCUUGGGAUCGGUUUGCUGGUGGGGGAGGCGGUGGUCCUCGAUCGGGGCUUCUUGGUGUAUGAGAGAGAGAGAAAUAGGGUUCGAUCGGGAUGGAGGCGGAUGUUGGAAGGGACGCCGCGUCCCUCGAUCCGGAGCUGCUGCAGCUUCCCGAGGUUUCGUCGCUUGCGCUGAAGGAGAAUCCGAGCAUCGCCGAGUCGCUAUAUUGGCAGUGGCUUUCGUUGCCGGAAACCUCCAAGCUGGUUAAGUCUUUGAUUGAAGACGCGAAAGCUGGUGUGACCUUAAAUGCUCCUGGCAGCUCUGGUAGUACGAAUGCUGCUGCAAGUAGCUCAUUGCCUUCAAUGUUCCCGGCCGGCAGUGCUCCUCCUCUUUCUCCUAGAAGCACUUCUGGAUCUCCUCGUGUUAUGAGACGUGGCGCAGGAGCUGGACCUUCAUCCUUCGGAUCUCCACUAAAAAUUGUUAGUGAGCCAGUGAAAGAAGUUAUACCUCAGUUUUAUUUUAAAAAUGGGCGCCCACCUCCAAAGGAUCUGAAAGAGCAAUGCCUAUCUAGAAUUGAUCACCUCUUUUUUGGUGGGGAGGGUCUUCAAAUCCAAGGGCGCAAGGCGCAAAAAGGCGCAAAGGCUUUAUGGAGCCUAGGCGCGAGGCGCACCGCGAGGCGCGCGCCUCAAGAAGAAUUUAAAUCCGUCGCAAAGGAUAUUUGUAAGCUACCAUCAUUCUUCUCCGGUGCUCUUUUUAGAAAGAUUGAUGUUGGUGGCACUGGAACUGUAUCAAGGGAUGCAUUCGUUGAUUAUUGGGUCAAUGGCAACAUGAUGACCAUGGAUUUAGCUACACAGAUAUUUAAAAUUUUGAAGAAGCCAGAUCAUAACUACCUUACACAGGAGGAUUUUAAGCCUAUUCUUCAAGAACUUUUGGCAACUCAUCCUGGAUUAGAGUUCUUACAAGGCACACCUGAGUUUCAGGAAAGAUAUGCUGAAACAGUAGUAUACAGGAUUUUCUACUUUGUGAAUAGAUCUGGAAAUGGGCAACUUACUCUCAGAGAACUGAAACGUGGAAAUUUAAUUGAUGCUCUGCAGCAACUGGAUGAAGAGGAGGAUAUUAACAAAGUUUUGAGGUACUUUUCAUAUGAGCACUUUUAUGUGAUCUACUGCAAGUUUUGGGAGCUUGAUACAGACCAUGAUUUUUUGAUCGAUAAAGAGAACCUUAUCAGAUACGGAAACCAUUCACUAACCUACAGAAUAGUUGAUAGAAUCUUUUCACAGAUUCCAAGGAAAUUCACAAGCAAAACAGAAGGGAAAAUGGGUUACGAAGAUUUUGUUUACUUUAUUUUGUCGGAGGAAGAUAAAUCAUCUGAACCCAGCCUUGAGUAUUGGUUCAAGUGUAUUGAUCUGGAUGGAAAUGGAAUACUUACCCCCAAUGAAAUGCAAUUUUUUUAUGAGGAACAGCUGCAUAGAAUGGAAUGUAUGGCGCAAGAACCUGUACUCUUUGAGGAUAUUUUAUGUCAAAUGAUUGAUAUGAUUGGACCAGAGAAUGAGUGCUAUUUUACACUACAUGAUUUGAAAGGCUGCAAACUUUCGGGAAAUAUUUUUAAUAUCCUUUUUAAUCUGAAUAAAUUUAUGGCAUUUGAAACUCGUGAUCCAUUUCUCAUUCGUCAGGAGCGUGAAAAUCCAACUUUGACUGAGUGGGAUCGUUUUGCACACCGGGAAUAUAUUAGAUUGUCCAUGGAAGAAGAUGGUGAAGAUGCUUCCAACGGAAGUGGCGAUGUUUGGGAUGAAUCACUCGAGGCACCCUUCUGAAUUCUAACCAAUCUACUGGUGCCUGAAGAUAGAUGGUCCCAUGGAGAAGCUAGAUUGAAGCUGGACCAAAAGCGGCUUAAUAUGGAGUGCUUGUUGUUCACCUUGGACGGAUCUUUCCAUCAGCGUCCGUUCCCCACUGAUGAAUAAUUACAAAUUUUGCCAGGCAGGUCUAAUUCGCAUCUGUAUAGUCUCCAGUUGUGCAAAAAAAAAAUUGUGCUUCCCUGGCUGAGCAAGUGACUUCUUCAGAAAUGAUGAUGAUGAUUAGGGUAACACCUCAAUAAUCUCGCGAUGCCAAGAAUUGGGGCUUUCUGAUCCUUUGCUUCAAUUCUUAUUACAUGGCAAAAAGAAUCAUCUGUUUAUUGAAUCGCUCGGGGUUUCGAAGCGGCAUUGUUCGAUGGUUUGUUGCCGGUUUUUUUCCCCUUGCCCCUGUGAAAGAGUUUCUGGGUUAGCAGGUAAUCGCAGUUUCAGUUUUCUUCUGGGAUGUACUUUCUAAUUGAUGCGGUACAUUGUUACAUGAUGGCCUUUUCUACUUUGGCUAUUCUUUCACUUACUAUUAUCGUAGAACAACAUGCGAAGGAAAACAAUUUAUAUUCGAAUCUGUUGAUUUAACUUUUUGAGUUCUGAUUAAGUGUGCUUGUUAUCCUGAAAUAUAUGUUACUGCAGCAUUAUUCAAGUGUAGUUUUUGCCCGUUUAUAGUCC